AUGACAAAGGCAUGGUUCAGUGCUGGUGAUGAUGAUAUAGCCCCACCAACGAUUGUUGCUGUCGUGGAUCAACAACCUAAUGAAGUGCAACUAGAGGUGAUGGAUGAUGUAGACGUGGAAGAGGAAGAGGAGGUACAAUCAUUGAGCAACGUCAAGGUUGGAACAGACUAUGAACUGUUGACAAUAGAGACAUUGUCCAAGUAUGGACUGUCACUAAAGCGUGUUGGUGGUGCUGGUGAUAAAGGCAUUGACUUUAGAGGUGAGUGGAUGAUAAACUCCAACAAGUACUCUGUCAUUGGUCAGUGCAAGAAGGUCAAGAGAAAGACUGGUCCAUCAGUGUUGCGAGAGUUUGAAUCAACAAUGAAACGAUUUGCAGAGGUACCUUUACUCGAUGCUGGAGGUCAACAACUGCAACUACAACAACAAAGGACGUUGAUCGGUAUCAUGGCAAGUCAUUCUAGAUUCAUGGACAGUGUACAAGUGGAGAUGGACUCCUUUGAUCUUCCAAUGAUCAUGUGCCAGAUCACGGAUAAUGGUAUUCACUCAUUCAUGUUGAAUAAGGCUGCCAGACAACUGUUACCAUUCCUACGUGUUGCAAUUAGGAGGGUAACAAAGUCAGAGAGUAGUAGUAGCAGUAGUGAUCAAUCAACUAUUGAACUGUAUAGCCAUCAUGAAUAA